AUGCUCACGAGAACGAUUCUAGUUUGCGUGAUCCUACUGACGCGUCGAGGGAGCGCUGCGCCGACGACAGAGCAACGUAUGACGUCGAGCAAGAUGAUCACGAAGGAUCUAGACAGCUCUGCCAGCGGAUACGUGUACAAUCAGCAACAGGGCCUUCCGGUUUACUACGUGCGGUACACCAAUCACGGAAGUAGAGGCUACUACCAUGCACCGGACGCCGUGCAGUACGUUGUUGGGGCUGCUACACCUGUUGCGCAUGGUGUUCCUGAAACGACGCCGCUUCUGCUCCCCUAUGCAACCGCGGAGGAUGUUCCGCGCCCGACCCACCAAGGAACUGCCAAUUACGGUAACGAGCAAUCGCCAGAACAGCCGGUCGAGUCGCUGCCACGCGCCCCGUAUUACGCUGAUGGAAAGAUUGGCGUGAACGAGGGGGACGAGGAGGAAGACACAGGGGCUGAGAAUGUCGAAGAGGAUCAUGGUAAUGGGAACAGCGAGGUGGAUGAAGAGGAAGAGGGUGAUCAUGACGCCGAUGGGGUGUUUCAUGAUGGAUCCGCGGGAUCAGUGGAAGCGUUUGGGCAUGCUGGUGGUUACGGUCAUGAGGGAAUCGGUGGAUCUAGGGGUGACGGGGGUUCUUCGUUUGAAGCUGGGGACGGGAAGCAGAAUACGGCUGAGGAAUAUUCCGAGAGUGGAGAGAAGGGUGAAAAGGGGUAUAAGACGGAGAAGGAAUUCAGCAAAGAUGAACGUGGUAGUAACGAUAGAGAGAAUGAGCAAGGAUACUACGAGAACAAAGGUGAACAGGAGAAAGGACACGUGGACGAAUCUGAGAAGCACGGUUCCCACAAAGAGGUAGAAAAGAGCAAAGAGGGCGGGAGCCACGGUCAGUCGUCGUACCAUAAGAAGGGGGAGAAAACUAAUGGUUUCCACAAUGUCUAUCACAAGGACGAAUACAAGAAGGAGACGGACUUCUACGACGAUGACCAUAAGAAGGGCCAUUUCGUCGAGUACGAGGAAUUCAACAAAGGUUACAAGAGCGACGAGGGUGAUUUUAAGGAAGGCAGACAUCAUUCUUCCGGACACGAUUAUCAGGACGUCGAGAAGAAAGGACAUUACGAUAAGGGGCACAGCGAGACUCAGGAUCAAGGUCACCAGGCUGAAGGAGGCGAUAUAUUGUAUUACUCGAAUCACGAGGAUUAUGGUAUCGAAGAGGAUUCAAAAUCCACCAAAGAGCAUAAAUUCCAAAAAGAGGAUCGUUAA